AUGUCUGGGCAUGCUGUAGUGCCGCAGAUGCUUCGGAGACCUUUUGCAAGGCCUGCAGCGGCAGCAAUAAAAUUUGCAAAAGCCUUGGCACUCGUGGCCUCUGUGGUGUGUUUGGCCGGCCUCUCAGGGGCGGUGAGCCACGCUGCGAAAUAUGGCGCUUGCUUUGUGUUCGCGCGGGGCAGAGGCGACGAGCUAUUACUGCUGAGGAACUACAAGUGUGUCAGGUCCAGCGCGGCGAUGGCAGCGACUGAAGGCGAGCUGAAUGCGUUGAAGCUCGUCGAGCUGAAGGACAUUUGCAGGUCCAAGUCCUUACCAGUCAGUGGCAACAAGGCCGACCUGGUCGCACGCAUCCUGGAGGAGGACUCUGGACAGGAUGCGGACGAAGAGGAGCAAGCGGAGGAGGCGGCGGAGGAGGAGGACGAGGAAGAGGAGGAGGAGGAGGAGGAAGUUGAGACAGCAGCGAAGUCUUCAACGCCAGUGAAAGCAAGGCGUAGUGCGCCAAGUGAUUAUAUCGAGUCGACGGAAAUCUCUGGCCCCCCGGGAAAGCCAAUCAUCUCAGGUGACACCAUUUACUUCUUGGCCAGAACCGGCAAGUACUUGGAAUAUCCGGAGCACCGUGAGGAUCCAAGGGCACGAGCGGAGAUCAAGGGCCCGCGACAGGCACUCAUCAUUCAGAAGAGCGCAGGCGGUGCCAUACAGUCAGGGGACACCGUGACGCUGAGAUGUCACCUUGGCGUCUAUCUGGAUUUCGUGGGCACUGCCGUGCGGGGACGGUACACCGAAGUCGGAGACUGGCAGAGGAUCAGGAUUACCAAUGAAAAGGGUGAAGGGCCGAUCCGCACAGGUGACAUUGUAUUCCUGAGAGGGCAUCAAGACAACGUGCUGGAUGUCGAGAAGGAGAACGUGAAGUGUCGUUGGCCCGACGAAGGGAAAUGGCAGCGCCUGGCCAUUGAGAAGUGA